GGUGAUAUUUAUCUAUCCGUGUUGACCGUGGAGAGCCUGACUGCUUUGAACAUAGUAAGGAUGGAAUUCCUGAGUUAAUUCAACUACUUAGUUAUUCAUUUAUCAUAUCUUAGGUGAGCAUUAAGCGCAUUUUAAGCUUCAGGCUAGAUCUAGCACAGCCAUGAUCGAGGGUUCCGAAAGUUUCGAGACCCGGUCCAGUGGAGACCUUUGGUCCGAGAUAUGCUCCAGUCUGCCCGAGCCAGAGGAGCAAGGACCAAAUGAUGGACAGUUCACAGAUUCAUUCCAGCCUCCAUCCCAAGAGAGCAACCAGAACUCCACUUCUCCCAGUGCUACCUUCAGCCCCUGGGAACCAAUGGCAGACUCUGAAGUUUACAUCGCCACUUUAGAAAACCGCUUGAAGAGAAUUAAAGGACAGUCAAGCGAGGUCACAUCAAGGGAAAUGCUCCGCUCACUGUCCCAGGCCAAGAAGGAAUGCUGGGACAGGUUUCUCCAUGAUGCCCAGACUUCAGAGCUGUUCCAAGAAGGAGAUCUAGAUCAAAGUGCUUUGGAGCAGCUGAAGCGCUGGCUGUCCCCUGAGCGGGUGGCCAUCAAUGCAGAAGAGCUGGAGUACCUCCUUCUGCCAUCACAGAGCAGAGAGAGAGUUGCUGCUCAACACUCAUCCAGCACAGAUCAUACAGCAGAAGAGCCUGAGGAGGAAGAGAGCUCCAGUCCAGAGAAAUAAAUUCCACAUCAUUCACCACCAAAAGACUAUAAUGACCAGCAGACAGCUGAGACUGAAUUCGAGAUUGAGUGCGUCCUUCUCUUGUGUCCUCAUAGGGCUACUGCAUAUGGUGGCUGUUUUGUCUCCAUGAAGUAACACACUGAAUCUCGUCAGUGGAACAAGUUGCACACUUGCAUAAAUUGUUGUAGAAGACUUUAAGCUUGGUUCUCAAAUCCUCAUAUGUAUUUUAACAAACUCUGUUUGACAUCAUAAUUACACUAUAUGUCCAAAAGUUUGUAGACACCUGCUUAUCCAAUGUUUCUUCUGAACUCAAGGAUAUUAACAGGGAGCUUAUUUCCCCUUUGCUGCAAUAACAGCCUGUACUCUUGUCAGAAGGCUUUACACUAGAUGUUGGAACAUUGCUGUGAGGAUUUGAUUGUAACCACAAGAGCAUUAAUGUGGUCAGGUGCUAAUGUUUGAUGAUUAGUUCUGGAUCACAAAUACUAUUUCAACUCAUCCCAAAGGUAUUGGAUGGAACCCCUUCACUUCAGAGAAUGCAGUUCAACUGCUCCAGAGCACAGUGCUAGGGGGGGGGGCUUUAUACACCUCUAGUCCACGCUUGGCAUUAGAUAUGAUGACUUUACGCUCAUGUGCAGGUGCUGCAGAGCUCCUGAUUCUACUGACAGUGCUUUAGUUUACACAAGCUGUUUAUGUGCAGCAAAUGCACCUUUAAAUAGCUUCAUUUACUAAUUAGAAGGGGGGUCUGGAUACUUUUGGACAAAUAUUGUGUCAAAAUGCUUCAUUUGAAGUCUGAUUCUUUAUAGUUUUGUUUAUCUAAACAACUUGAAUCCAUUAUCGCCAUUAUCAGUUGCCAUAAAUGUGACUUUUGUUCAAAGGUGGUUCUUUCACAGACUUGGCCUAAGAUUUCAUGUCAGUGUGAAAUUCCAUCUCCCUCUAGUUCAGUAGUUCUCAAGCCAUUCCUCAGAGCUCCCCAGAGCUCCCCAGACGGUCCAGUUUUUUACUCUAUCCCUAACCUUUAGGAGUUAAGAUGAAACACCGUCUGGAGGGACCCUGAGGACCACUCCUAGAGAAUAUAGCAGCUCCUAAAGGUGAGCCAUUUUUCUAUUUGGACCUGUUUUGUAAAGUAACUUAGCAGCAUUUCACCUUUUCUUUAUCUUUCUGUUUGUGGAGUGAGAACAAGUAAACGGUGCUUAGAUUGUGUCCCUUUUUCUGCAAUGUCUACAAAUACAAACUGUGACAUCAUGUGAAUAUAUCACCUCAUCUAAUACAGGCCUGUUGGUCCAAUAAUAGAACUACAACUAAUUAAAGAUAGUGAUAUUGUCGUGAACAGUGUUGUAAGCAUUCGGUGUGAAUCACGCUCAUUUAAUUUGUAUUCCAGUAGUGAGGAAAAGCAAAUAAACUGCAGGUCUAAUUGGA